UGUUGUACAUGAUGGCGAAAAAUCCUGACAAGCAAGACAUCCUGCGACAAGAAGUAUUAUCAGUGCUUGGGGAUACAACAUUGGCGACACCGACGACUCUGGCGCAAAUGCCUUACCUGAAAGCCUGGGUACGGGAAACGCUGCGACUCUAUCCAGUCCUUUGUGCUAUUCCUCGUAGGCCGGCUGAGGAUAUAGUUUUAAGCGGAUACCUUAUUCCGGCAGGUACGACACAAGUCGAGUUUCUCACCCAUGUCAUGGGCCGAGAUGAGAAACUUUUCGAAGAUGCUGAAGCGUUUAGACCAGAAAGAUGGCUGCGCAAGAAAGACGCAAUUCCAACCGACACCUCAGAGGCUUUCUCUUCCACUCCGUUUGGGUUUGGAACCCGAAUGUGUAUUGGCCGUCGUAUCGCUGAGUUGGAGCUUCAUCUUUUAUUGGCCAGAAUCGUACAACAAUUUGAGAUUUCUUAUCCUCCUGAUGCGGAGAAUGUUGAGCCGUAUGUUCGAGGGGUUACGAUCCCUGACAGAGCUGUGAGAGCCAAGUUUGUAGACAGACAAUAAGCAAUGAGCUCAGUGACAAUAACUGUAUAGAAUUGAAGUGCAGCACAUUAAAACACGGAACUAGUGACAUGUUUGUGUCUUUUCGGACAAGUAAACCUUAAAAUACGAAAUUAGUAGUCUGUAGAUAUGGUGGAACAUCAAAACAGAAACUAAACUUAACUGAAAGAGGAUUAAUUCCAAACUCAGUUUCUAUAUGAAAAGAACAGAGAACUUCUGUGGAGUAUUUAAAUUGUAUGUAUUCAGUUGAACUUUGCAUUUUUGGCGAGAGAAGUCAUAGAGAAAUAAGAAUUUCGUUUUAUCCGGGAAGCGCUAGGCAAAAGAUGCUCCCGAUUUUCUUUUCUGUCACUCAGUGUUAAGUGUACAAUCGGCUAAAGGCAGACGGCUAUAAUCGUGGGUUUGUUGCAAAUUUUGUAAAAUAACCAUAGCAACAAUGAAAUACUUGUAAAAGAAAAAAAAAAAAACAUGAAACUCGAUCUGCUUUUGUGUUUUUUUUGUAGUUACCAUCCCUUGGUCGAUUCUUUGUCAGCAGUAGUCCAGUCUUAACCAGUUUUCGGGUAACGUUUGUUACACGAUAGACUACGAGCAGUCCCUCUUUCGUUUAAUCCGUCUUGUGUGACGCGAAAGAAACCGCGAGAAAAAAAAAAAACAAGGCCUCGCAAACUCCUGGGGGCGAAAUGCACUCGCGUCGGUCGCCCUAGGAUUUCACGCGGUCAUUUUUUGCCUCGCGGUUUAUUUACGGUCUCGCUCGACGGACUAAGUGAAAGAUGGCUUACUCGUGGUCCAGUCACCAAGUGUAGCGAGAGCGGACGCAAAGUCUUUCCCUAGGGCCUUGCGUUCGGGCUUUUUAAAAAACCGUUCGGUAAAUUCUUUUACUUGCGAUGUCGACGAACUCAAGGCAAAAUAGAGGGUUUCUGGAAAGAAUAAACACGCCCUUUGAAUUGGACAAUUUCUCGUUACAGUUUUAUUGCAGGAAACGUCGCAAGAAAUAGCAUCGGGUCUUACAUAAUGCCUACUUGUUGCAACUGCAUACGUCAACGUUGAACAAUAAUUGAAUAACCUG